UCUCAUUCUUCAUUGGCUCUCCGUCCGCUCUGCGCUCAGCCUUUACGCCUGGACCAGCCUCCACUCUCCACAGUGCGUGCGCCAAACGUGUGAGAGUACAUCCACACAGCACGCUGCCUGGAACCGGACUGUGCUCCUACACGCUGUUCUGCUGAGAGAGAAAUAAAGAUGGAGAACAAGAACGAGAUCAACGGGCACGCCAUGCCCAGCUCCAACUCCGCCGAACAGAUCCUGGGGAAAAGCGCUAAGAAGAGCUGCAGGAAGAAGCUGAUGGAGUUUCUGAACAAGAACCUGCUGGUGAUCAUGACGGUGUCCGGGGUGCUGGUGGGCGUCGGGCUCGGCAUGAUGGUCCGCAACAUGAACCUGACCAAAGCGCAGAUGACCUACUUCGCUUUCCCAGGAGAGAUGCUCCUCCGGAUGCUGAAGAUGAUCAUCCUUCCCCUGGUGGUUUGCAGCCUCGUAUCCGGCGCUGCCAGCCUGGAUACCCGCUCCCUCGGUAAGCUGGGGGGCAUCGCAGUCGGCUACUUUCUUGUGACCACGUUGAUCGCCUCUUGUAUCGGGGUGGCACUGGCCUUCAUCAUCAAACCCGGAGUGGGCGCCGGAGCCCUCAACACCAACAGCCUGGGACUGGAGAGCAUCAGCAGCGACAAGGAGACCGCUGACUCAUUUUUGGAUCUUGCCAGGAAUUUAUUCCCAGCGAACUUGGUGGCUGCUACUUUCCGUUCUUAUGCCACUGACUACAAGAUGGUUGCUGUAGGGAAUGACACCAACGGGACCACCCUCUAUCAAAAGGUGCCUUUUGGUAAAGAAACAGAUGGCAUGAACAUCCUGGGUCUGGUGUUAUUUGCCAUGGUGUUUGGCGUGGCGCUAAGGAAGCUAGGAGAGGAAGGGGAGGAACUCAUUCGUUUCUUCAAUGCUUUCAAUGAGGCAACCAUGGUGCUUGUGUCCUGGAUUAUGUGGUACAUCCCUUUUGGCAUCAUGUUCCUGGUGGGCAGUAAGAUUGUGGAGAUGGAAGAUGUGGUUCUACUCGUCACUAGUCUGGGAAAAUACAUCUUUGCUUCGAUCCUGGGCCACAUUAUCCACGGAGGCAUCGUCCUGCCACUCAUCUACUUUGGUUUCACACGCAAGAACCCCUUCAGUUUCCUGUCGGGCCUCAUCACGCCCUUCACCACUGCCUUUGCCACCUGUUCCAGUUCAGCAACUCUUCCCUCUAUGAUAAAGUGUGUUGAGGAGAACAAUGGUGUAGACAAAAGAAUUGCACGCUUCAUCCUUCCCAUCGGGGCCACGGUUAACAUGGACGGGGCGGCCAUAUUUCAGUGCAUUGCUGCUGUCUUCAUAGCUCAGCUCAACAAUGCUGAGCUAAACGCUGGACAGAUCUUCACAAUCCUGGUGACAGCCACAGCCUCCAGUGUCGGAGCAGCAGGCAUCCCAGCAGGCGGCAUCAUCACAAUUGCCAUCAUCCUGGAGGCCAUUGGCUUGCCGACCAACGACCUAUCCCUCAUGCUGGCUGUUGACUGGAUUGUGGAUCGUACCACCACAGUGGUGAACGUAGAGGGCGAUGCUCUGGGGGCUGGAAUCCUCCACCACAUCAACCAGCAGGAGAUGAAAAAGCAGCCUCAGCAACAGGAGGAGCUGGCGGAAGUCCGAGUGGAGGCGGUAGCCAAUGUCCAAGCGGAAGAGGAGACCUCGCCUCUUGUCACGCACCAAACCAAAGCUGUAGCGACCAUGCCGGAAGCCAUCGAGUCAGUCCUGUGACCUUAGGGAGACUUUUAUACUUGCCCACUGACCUUCCGACCCUUCUACACUUCUGACGUUGCUGCUGAUGGGACACCGAUCUGACUCAAUGUCCAUUAAGAAAAAUGAGGCCACUGAUGGUUUUUCUUGUGAAGAAAGACAAAGUGCCAUAGUUAUAGUAUGUCUAGAGCACUGACUCUACAGUGCACCUUGUGCUGCUGAUGUGCUUUUGAAAUUCAGUCACUUCAGGCCAAUGUCUCAAAAACUGGGUUUCCAUCCAAGCAUUUUAAUGCGGAUUAGGAUUAAUGAAUUUGACAAUUAUUCAUUUUGAAAACAUUUCUGCAAUAUUUACAUUUUUUAAUUAGUUUUUUAAAUCUUGAUUUAAACAUUUUGUGCUAAACGGAUAGAAAUGUGUCAAACAUUCCCAUAAAUUCUAUUUGUCUCAUACAUGAGUCUCCUGGCCAGGAGAUGUGUUCAUACAUCAUGAAGUGCAUUUCUUUAUUUUUAUUUUCAGACAGCAAAUAUAAUGACCAACAUUAACUAUAGACCUCUAACCUCUAACUUGCCAAAUGCUGACAAGUCAAAAUGCCUGACAGUGUUCAGGAUGCCUGUGCAGUCACUUCAACUCAGCUGGUAGAAAUGUAUGUAUUUACAUUGUAUUGUUUCAGCUCAUUUGGUUUACAUUCUUUGGACAGCUGGAGGGAAACAACAACUUUAUCUUUCAAAAUCCAAUCAUAAAGGGACAUGUUUGGUACCAGGUUUCAAAUGGUUGUUGCCAAAAUCCAGAGGGAUGUUAAAUAGUUGUGCCCAGACUUGUGUUUGCUGACCGUCAGCAGACAAUGUCAAACAUUAACCUUUCAAAUUGACAAGUUGGAAAACUGGCCUAUUUUGGACAAGCCUCUGGCAACCUAUUUAACUAGUGACACAUUAGCCUGUUAUAGUAAAGCAUGUUGAACGCUGGACCAUUUGACCAUUGUGUUAACAUGCAAUCAUUGCCAUUAUGGUCUUGUGUGGGAAAGCCCACAAAGUCUCCCAUCCUCCCACUGGUCCUAUUUAUCCCUAAAUAAGAUAAGAUAUUCCUUUAUUUGAAUUAGCAGAACUAUGUGUUAUUUACAUAACUGUGGUUCAGUAAACAGAAUAAGGUGCAUUAUGUUACCUUUGAGUUGAUAUCUGCAUUUUCCAGCCAUGUUCAUUUCAUACAGGCAGCUGUCUAUAGUUGUGUUGGAAAUGUGCACCAUUAAUCUGAGGACAGGCAGCAAUUUUCAGCUAACUCAAAAGUUGCAUGUAUGCGUCAGCCCUUUUUGAGUUAUACCCCAUAGUGCUGAACAUUUAUUCAUGUUGGCAUUAUUCUCACCUAUUUGUUACAACUACUUUAAAACUAAACACUAAUGUUCCCAUUUAUUUGUUCAUAAAAGUAGCUACAAGCUUUGCUACUAAACGCUUCUGAAGAAUACAUCACCAGUGAGAGUGAAAAGUAGUCCAUUUUGGGCUUUCUUUGCUAGCUAAUCAGCCAGAUAAAAAGCAAUGUUAACAUGCAGCUACCAGUUAGCUACUAAUGAUGCUAUUAUUUCUUAGCUAACGUUCAUAUCAGACAUUUAGCUAACCUGAAGAUGCAGUUAGCUAGCUACUGUAGUGUAACAAACUAAACACAGAGUGAAAAGGACUUAUUUUAAGGUAUAAAGAUCAGUUCACUGUCAAAUACAGAACAGAAAUAAUCUUAUCUGUUCAGUCUUGUUGAGACAGCAAAGUAGCAGCUGUGUAAAUACAACUCACUAACAUUGCCCGAUAGUCAACAUGGCCACCAGAGGUUUAGCUACAUUGAUUGAAGGCUUCUUGAUGAACUCAUGAGAUACUGUUAAGACGUAAUUAUUAGCCGUAAUUACACUUCAUCGAACAUUAGUUUGCAAGUACUGUAAACACACUUGUUUGCUUGACCUCAUGAAAACACUCCAGUGUCCUUUUACUAAAGAGCAGACAUUCAAUUUACAGUUGUCACCAAGUAAGUUAGGAUGGUUUUGUUCCUCAGCAAAUCCAUCAGGAAUUCACUCAAAAAUCAAAGAUUCAUCAAACGUUUACAGACAAAUGUUGGACCAAAAUGCACGACCAGUUCACAUUAUUCACUUUACAUCAUUAUUUUGUGAAUCCAUCCUUUGAUUUGGGAAAGAUUUUUCCUCAAUGGUGUCUCAGACGCUUACGUCAAGAUACUAACCUUCAGUGGACGUUAUGUGAUGUGCUAAGUUAUCAGCUGUGUGGUUGCAAGAUUACUUUAAAGGGAACAGUGGUUGGUGCCAUUAUCACUGGCUCAAUUGGCGGCAUUUUUAAAGCAUAGCAACUCUUUAUUACUGCCUGGUGUUUUUAAUUGAUCUUUACUUUACAUUAUUGCGAUAGAAACUGUAAGACUGUACUUGGAACAUGCCAUAGUUGUUGCCCAUGCACUAUGGUAUAGGAUCUGACAUGAAGGAAGCUGUGCCAAAGUGUUGGUGGUUGUAGGACGGACAGUAUGAGCCUGUGCUGUCCCCUAGUGGCGACAGGCAUUAAUGUGAAAGAUAAGAGGGUGUCUCAGAGCUUGGGUGAAACAUUUUUUCUGUGUGAUUGAAACAGUUGUAAAUUCUCAGCUGGCUUUGUUGAAUGAUACGUGUGGUAAUAUUUCCUAUUUAUUUGAUCUACUAUUUAACACUCAUAGGGAACAAAGUGUAAUUAGACUGCUCCGGUCUUGUGAAGCACGUGAAAGGAAUUGAAUUCAUGUUGCUGUCACCAGAUGUCUAAGAUGCUCAUUAUGGCGUGGUGGUGCUUUAGUUUACAUAGUGUUGGAUCAUGGUGUGCAUGUUGAGACUGUCUGAUUUAAGUAGGAGGUAAACUAGUAUGUUUGAAAGUUUCUUACUCAACAUCAUCAGAGAUUUCAAAAGAUCACUUUUCUACGCUAACAACUGCUCUAUUAACCUAAAGGUUUAUGACUAGAGUUCUGUUGGGUAUAACUGGUACAAUCACAUGUAAUUGCUGGUAAUGUGGUACAUGUACUAUACAUAUAUAUAUAUUUGAUAUUCAUUUAUUAUAAUUGUUUUAACCUUUCUUGUAUUUUUUUGUAUUUUCUUCUCUCAACACUUUCCCUAAGUGUCUAAAUUUUAAUUGUUAUGAUACACUUUUUAAACAAAUUCUUACACCAAUAUUUCUGAUAAUCUGUACUUUAAUUCUAAGUGUAUGUUGUUUUUUUUGUUUUUUUGUUUUUUUAGGGAUAGCUGCUACCUUUCCUGUGCCAUGUCAAUGUCUAACACUGUACAGCUGUGUCUUUGCUGUUGAUUCUGCUGUCUGUCAACAUUAUAUACAUUUUUCAUGCAACCCAAAUGUAAAAGCUACUGUUUUUUCUUCUUUAUUGUUGGGUCAUUGUAUUAUUCAGGGCGUAAUGGAGGAACAGUAUCUACCAUUAGGGCUGGAUAUUGUUUAAAAAAUGGUUGCGAUGAUGACUAAGGUGACCCAUUCAAUUGGUAAAUUAAUAAGUAGCAAGACAAUUGUCACAAUUCGUUUUUUUCAGGUCAACUCACAUUACCAACACCACAUAUAACCACUAGAUUGCAAGACAAAUAUUUCGCCUUUAGCUGUAUUGGCCACAUACUAGUAGACGACAGUGGAAAGUCAUAUCCAGGAGUCUUCAUAAAUGAAAUUAUUUUGGCUCCACAAAUAAUGAUCAAUCCACUAUGGUCAUCAACAGAUGAAUUGUCAAUCAAUAUACCCUCAAAUACCUUUGAACAUAGAGAGAGAUAUCUGCUUUACCAUUAAUUAAGACAGGGACUAGAUCAUUUACAGUUCUUGAAAGUAUUGUUUUUUCAUUACAAAUAGCUUACAAAAGUACUGACAAUAACUACUAAUAUUUAGUAUAUAGUGCUAGUAACUUAGUAUAACUGUCACCAAAGUGUCCAUUUAUAGUAUGAUUGUAAACAACAAACAUAAAUAAACUGUAAGUACACAAUAGUUUAUAUAAAUCCAAAUAAUAAAGGGGUGGUUUAUUAAAAUUCCUCAACAUUACACAAACAAUCUGUAUUAAUAAUCUGUAUUAUAAGAAAAUAGGAAAAACAGAAAAGUGAAAUGGAUUGUCACAUUUUACAAUUUCUGUUAUUUAUCAAAGAUACCACCAGAGGGCUAUUUACAGUAACAAAAGAAGAAAUAAGAAAUCCCAGAUAAGAGAAAAGGUGAGGCCACUUGAACAAAAUGAACAGAAUGAACAUGAACAAACAUUAACAAACAUUAACAGAGAUGAACAUAUUGGCUGAAAAACAUUUGAAUGAAAACAUAACUAAAAAAAACAAUAUCAAGAGUUUAAAGAUUAUGUGUUUGUGGGUGAGUGCAGGGUAUAAAAUUAACUUGACCUACUAAGGUGUGAAAUUUUACUGGCCAAAAUAUGUUUCUACCGGCCACUGAACUGCUCACAACACAAGGUUAUUAAAAACCGUAUAAAAAUAAUUGUUAAUUGCCCAUUGAUUGAUUUUUUAGUUGGAUGAAGGAUGCAUGAUAAUAUCAGUAAGUACCAGGGACUGAAGGAAUAGCCUAAACAGAUGUGGAAGAUGAAGUCCAAGGUGGUCACAGUAGUAAUAGGGGCCUAUCCCUAUGUGAUGAGUUUAUUUUCUUGCAGUAUUUGACAUGGAGAAGAACUGUGCAAUGUGCUCAGCCUCAAAGCCCCCUACUUAUAAUUGGUGUUUAUAGUAUUAUAAGGAAAGUAAAUUUAGGUUAUACAUGGACGGAACGGCAGCAUCAAUGGACCUAUCUGCAAAACCACAUAUUUAAAGCAUUUGUGUAAAUUGUGUGUAUGAAAUAUAUUUGUAGACACAAAGUUAGUCUUGUAUUUUUUGGGAAGU